AACCGCAAAAGUAGAAAAGCUUUCAAUGCUGUCUUUGACUCGAGUUUUCCGUCGUCUGUACGCGACUACAGUCCCAGACGGUGCUUCUGCACUAUCAAAGCAUGCUGCAGCUGCAAGGGAGCAAUCUACUCCCCAUGCUGUCCGUCUUCGCCGUCUACGAAAACAGGAUGCAUUCAAACCUCCCUCAGGCAGCGACCUUACUCCGUCAGAAUUUUCUCGAUACCAGCGUUUCCUUGCAAAAGGCGAGCUUGUCAAGGAAGACGGGAAUGAACUUACAGAAGGCGAGUGGCUCGGAAGGUUAAAUGAGCGGCGGACGAGGUUGCGAGGUCUGCAGUACAAGGAGGAGAAUGGGACAAAAGAACUCAAAGUCGUCGGACAGAAAAUCUAUCUUCCAAACAUUGUAUUUCGCAUGGUUCGUAACCAUACCCCAACGGGUCAGCCAUACAACCCCUACGAAGCAACCUUUCGCAUUCCCCAGUCAGUGACCAAGACUGACGUUCGGUCGUACUUGUCCGCCGUCUAUGGUGUCAAGACGACCUAUAUUCGUACCACUAAUUAUCUGUCUCCUAUAUAUCGUGACCCUCACGAUGGUUCUUGGACGCGUACAAAGUCCUACAAGACAUAUAAGCGUGCCGUAGUGGGGUUGGUUGACCCCUUCUACUAUCCGUUGGCAAUGGAGGAUAUGGACGAAGGAGCGAGGAAAGAGCGACAGAAAUGGCUGGAAGAGAAAUUCGCCUUGUCCGCACUCAAGCGGUGGAGGAGAUAUGAAUAUUUGCGGAUGACCAAAAAAGGGAGCAAGAAUUGGAGGUUCACUGGUUAUGUGCGGAGAGAUAAAAUCUUGAAAGAAGUGGCAAAGCGGAGGCUUAGAACAGUCAGGGAAACGGAACAGAUACAGAUCAAGAUGGAUGCUAUGCGGACACAGGGCGUCCCCAUCGUUAGAAGUCGGCAACGCAAGGUAUCUACAUAGGCCACUACCAAGUUCAGAAUAUGCUGUUGCUCCCGU